GACACCGUACUGGAUCUCAGUGCUCUAUUCGCUGUAUUUGGAAAUUUUUCCACCGGCGGAGCUGCAGAUGCCCGGCUCGUCGUUCAUAUAUUUCAUGUACGGAGUGCACGCCUUGCAAUAUGUCAAUUCCGCUUCAAAUUUUAUACUUUAUGGCUUACUCAAUCGACAGGUGAUCCUUAGCUCCUUCGCUCAAUGUUCCCUACAGUGAAA